CGUGGUGAUGGCUUCAGCUAUCCAACAUCCACCGAUCAAAGCGGCGAGGCGCCCCCCGCCCAGCGAUACGCUGCCAUGGGCGACACAACCACCAACAGAAGCCAGAACCAGGCGCAGUCGCAGCGCCAGGCCCGUCCAAAGUCGUUAAAUCUGCAACCCGCACUGGAACUGCCCUUGGCAAACGGCCAAUCAUCAAGCUGCAACACGGCAGCAGUCCCGUCUAGUGAGGUGGUCGUUGUCAAUUUUAGCACCCUGCCAGAGGAUGCCAAUGGCGAUGCGGUCAUCAUCGAUAUGGUGGGCGAUCAUAGUGGAGCUGCUGCUGUUGUUGCCGCUCCCAAGGAUGCCUGCCGCCAGCCGAAUGGUGAUGUCCCUCUCAACUAGACCCUGUAACUUUCGCUACGAAACCUUUUUAGAUACGUAUCUCUAUGUAUGUUUGUUGUAUAUCUGUGUAAACUGCCAGAAUGGUUGCACUUGUGCCCUGUCAUCAUUGCAGUGCUUUUCUUAAAUGUAUGUUAUAUACCACUAAGUUACCUCUAUAUACACAAAUGUAUGUGGCCUUUGUGGCUGCUGGGAAACACAUUGGGGGCACCAUAUCACACAAAAAACAAGAAACAAAAAACAUUACAACUAUUACAAAUAGACAACUAAGAAAAUGUUUAAGCAAUACGUUUAGUAUGCAUUUGUGUUUUACAUUCAUAUGAGAGCCAUCGCAGUUUUUAUGGAAAUGUACUGGAUCAGAACGUAUACUAUUCCGAAGGGAAUACCGGGCAAUAUAGUGUAGUGCAGGGAUGAACGCGAGACCUGAAUGUAGGCAAAUUCCUAGAAAGGACCAAUCAAGAUUCACUUAAUCGAUGGUGACCCCGUUUAGAGUUAGUUUUAUUAUUGAAAGAACAUUUAUUUGAAGCACCCGCCACGCCACCACCACCCAUGUAGAAGAUAUCAGCCAAUCUCAAAGACUUAACCUGAGAUUUCAGCGAGCCCAACCCAAUCGAAACAUGCACCACAAAGAGAAUUUUAUCUACGACUUAGGCAUUUCUUAUUGCUUUUAAUUAAUGUAGUUAGUUGGUAACUUAUUGCAAGUUGAUUUGGGUAGAGUUCUUUUUAUACUUUUGAUAUGAUGUUUAGUUUAUUUUUGCUAUAAUUUUACCUAAAUAUGUUCGCUUUUAUUGAAUUUCUGUAAGAAGGGGUAAAACGAACUGAAGAAGUAUGGAAAAUAUAUUUAAAAGAGCCACAAAGAAUUGUUUUU